AGUCUGUUUGCCAGGCGGUAUAAAUAUCAGCACCUCAUGUAGUAAAUUGGGCAGCUUAGCAAUCACCUCCACCUUUCCAUUUGUUGAUCAAACAACCUCGAAUCCUUUGUCAACCCGGUCUUCUACUUGCCUAACUUUCUUCGCUAUCUUUUGAACAAAUCCACCAAGACCUUGUCUCUCCACCAUCAUGUCAAAAGUCUGGAAGAAGUUCGAAAAGCACCUCUUUGACAGUGGGAACUGGACGAAGCUUUUCAACAAACACAGCCCGGGUCAACGCGUCUACCCACCGAACACCAAAACGCAGAAUGCAGAGCACCAAGUCAACAGUGAAGCGACAAACACAGCACUCAAGAAGUAUGUCAGCAAAUAUGGAACACACUCCAACGUUGCCGCUGCCAAAAUUCCGGUAGACGUACCAGACGACAAGCAAGAGGAGGUAGUCAAGGAUCUGGUGGCAGAUUUCAGGAAGAAAUUCUCCUCAAAGAUCGGUUGA